GUCACACGAGCCCUCAUGAUUGAAUAAAUAACGCUAAGUACAGUACCUAUACGUAUACGCAUGACCAACGCUCAUGCAGACCUCGAACGAAAUCAGGGCUGACCAAGCCUAUCAACGGGGCUUAGUCAAGGUCUACUCUUUCACCCUCUGCAUAAUUCUUCAAUGGGUCUCUCCUCAACGCUUCCGCCUCAGAAUUCACUUUAGACUCUCCGGCGCCGGCGCCUACGAUGCCUAGUCCAACGCCCGCUCCGCUCCGAGUCCUGCUCAGAGCCCGCGCAGACGGCUUCGUAGGCGAUGUCGGCUCCUACAACAUUGUGCUGUCA